CCAACUUCUCUCUCUUCCUCGUUUUUUCUUGUGCCGCGUUGAUGCCACAACAAGUUGACGUUGAAGCCAUUGUCCGUGGCGGAGGCGACGCGAGGGACGCCUGCGAGACCCAGUUCGCGGUGGCGCAGCCCCCGGCGCCCGACGAUCCCGACUUCCCACCGGAGUCUGUGGUGGUGCCGGUCGGCGAUGAUGGCCUCGACUGGGCCGACGUGGGCGCCGCCGCCUAUGACCGCGACGACUCCACCAAGGGCAGCACGAACCCCAAGGCGCAGGCGCAGCAGUGGCAGCAUGCCAAGCCCCGGUCCAGGUCGCACCGCUUCUCCGGCGGCAUCCAGGCCAAGCACCCCAUCAUCGGCCUCCCCGGGAAGGUUCAGCAGCACUCCAGCUACCUCGGCCGCAGCGGCCACCGACCCGCCAGAGUACCGAUCUUCCCCAAGAAGCCUCCCGUCCCAGGCGCCGCCCGCGGGCGGAAGUCCACGGUGCCCGAGCAAGAGCCUGGGUCGCCCACGGUGUCGUGUAUCGGGAAGGUACUGUCCGAGACUGAGCGGAACCGGUACCCGAAGCGGCGCCGCCAAUCACCGGAGAAGGAGAAGAUGGAGAGGGUGGAGCCCACUGGGUUCUGGGCGAGUGUAACAGCAACCUUCUGCUGCGGCGGCGAGGAGAGCACGGCGACGGAGACGAUGCCGGGGGAUACGCCAGGGGAGGCGGCGGGGGAGAGGAGGAUAGCUGCGAAGCCGGCGACGGAGCCGCCGGCUCUGGGGGCGAUGAGGCGGUUCGCGUCGGGGCGGCGGCCGCUGCCGUUGGACAGGGAUGCGCCGGCGCGGGAUUGGCGGUGGUCGGUAGGGUCCGUGGAGGACGCGUGGCGUGAGCGGGAUCGGGAUCGGGAUUGGGAUGCCUCCGCCUCGUUUGACGGUGCGGACGGAAACAUGUUAAAGAGUCGAAAUGGAAUGUGGUAGUAUUUAUUAUGUUUUUGUUUCCGGUUUGAUGUCCUGGUCCGGUGUUUAGGCAGAAUUAGUGUUUGGGGAUUGUAUAAAUGAGGGAUUUAGUAUAAUGGUAUAUAUGAGAAGUGGAUUAGAGUGUUCCCUAAUUCUCUUGAUUGCUUCUCGUACGAGCCACUUGUCUAUGCAUCAAAAGAUCUUAUCGAAAAUUAUGCAUAAAUUGACAAGCUAGCAAAGUAGUAGUUACUUAUCUAUAUGCCUAACGUCUUAAAUAGAACAUUUAGUACCAUUAGUAAUUUAUGCUAGAAGAAGGAUGCUAAUCGUAAAGGGGCUAUACCUAAUAGCGUCGUUACCUACAAUAAGAAUGACGGCAUCCGCCCGUGGAAUAUCACAUUUGCAUUGUAUAAGUAUGAACUUGAGGGAGGUUUUAUUAAAAAUAAUUAGAAUGGUAUGGGGAGGGACAACACAUAAGGAUGGAGCCACAGUAGGGAAAGAAGAUUUUUUUUUGUUUUUUUUUUAGGGAAAAAUCUACAGGAUAUAACCACAGAAUAGGACAGACACUUUUUGAAGUGGUGGGAGAACUCAUCCAAUUUGUCCCAUUGUAGAUAAACUGGCUAGAUUAAACAUUCAGGACAAGGCAAUAAAGCAUAUGUGAUAUGAACAAGGCUUUCUUGCCAAACCGCAUAAGAUACAGGACAGAAGAUUAAUAAGGCAUCUCAAUGUUAAUAGUACCCAACUUUCAGCAUAAAUCAAGUCACCACGAGUAAAUGAGAGCAACCACCAAGUUAUUCAAUCAAAACAAAACUGGAGUUAAGGUCUAAAAAAUAUCAUGAUAUAAGCCGUAUUAAAUAAGAAACACGACAGAUCCAACAGUUCAUUGUUGACAACCUACAAAAAUUAAGUUCGUCAAGCACUAAGAAAAUAAACAGAUGAAGGGAAUUAAAUGAACUACAGUCUCCUCCCUCUUCUUCCAGCAUAAACAUUCAUUUAUUAUACAAAUUAAACUGUAGUAACAGCAAAAGCAACCCAAACAAGUUAAAGAAACACAAUCCU